CGGCGCGGUAUCGGUUUGCGUCCGGCCACCGGUCUCAGCAGCAAGUUCAGUCAGAUCCGACCGCCCGCGCCGCGAUGCUGGCCCGCAACCACUUACCCUCCCCUUUUGUUCGUACGUCUCGAUCGCUUUAACUGUUCAUUUUUUUAUUCGAAUAGUGCCGCAAAUUGCUGGAAACGUAAUCAAUAAAAAAUAAUUAACCUAAUCAUAGGAAUAAAAAUUAUAAUAGUGUAAUUUGAUGUAUUUCUAACUAAUUAAUCUAGUGUACUUAUGCUUUGAACGUGGUUAGGUAAAUUUUUCCAAGACUACCACCGACUGACUCUGCUGCAAUACCGUCAAGAUGAAACGAAUGUUAUCAAGAUGGUUGUCAGUGGUGUUAAUGAUUGCCAUUACGUUGCCUUUGCAAAAAUGUGAAGACUUAAAACAAGAUGCUAGUAAUACAACGGCGUCGUCGACGAUGACUACGUCUAAAGCCAUAGUGUCCAUUACCGAAACGGCGGCCACCGCAUGGACAACGGACGCUGAUUACGGAAUGACGUUAUCGCCAAACGAAACGUUUGUGGGCAAACCGAGUAAGUUUGACGAGCACGUGGAAGAAUGGCAAUAUGUGGACAGUCCACUAUGGAAUGCCACCGCGGAGUCAGGAAAUUAUACGUCCAACGUUCUCUCUCCACCACCCGCACCACCUUGCAAAACGUGCGCCAUCAAACCCCGCGACAAACGUCACCAAGACAGGCCGUCCAAAUCGAAAUUCGCCACAAUCCCGGCACACAAAGCCAUUGCCACCGGCGUUAAAUCGGCAUAUCGCCUAAAACGUAUCCGACGUUCAGCCGUCGCAUUCCCAUCGGCUACUGGCGCUGACAUGACCUAUCCAUCGCCGGCCGCAUAUCGGCGUCGUCACCGGUAUCGGUACUACGAACCAUCGCAACACCCAGCCGUGACGGCCUGGGAUCGAAACGCCGAUUUUCGCCGUCGAUACCUCAGAUUUCCACCCACGCACGACGCUCCACCGCCGCCGCCUUCGUUCAGCGGCUGGGCUCCCUCAGGACCAUCGGUUUUAGGGCCGGUGCCUCAAUCACCAUACGCCUUCCAUCAUUCCCCUCAACCAGCCAUGGGACCCAGGAGUCCAAGACUCGUAUUCCGCGACCCCGUGGAUUCUGGUACUCUUCAAGCGCCAUUCGGUCCCCCCAGCGGACUCCAAGACCUGUUGAUAUCGCCAGCUGACGAAGGAAUCAAAGAUGGAUGGGUGGACCCGGACGUUACAGAGGGCAAACGAAACAAACCGUGUGCCACGGGAAGCUGCGAGUUCUUGCUCACUUGCUGGAUGGCUUCCGGGUACAUCGAGAGCACCUGCGGCGGCUUCCUGUACGUCUGUUGUGACCGAAAUUCCGCCAAACAACAAAACGACAAUUUCGCUAUCAAUACUAACAGAGCAUCGGUACCGGUCGACUACGGUCCAGUGACUAACGAUCCCAGUUGUGGCGUAUCGGUGGUCAAGCAACAAGGAGCACAGAGGAGAAUAGUCGGAGGUGACGAAGCUGGAUUUGGCAGUUUCCCUUGGCAGGCCUACAUCCGCAUUGGUUCAAGUCGUUGCGGGGGUUCUCUGGUCAACAGAUACCACGUGGUUACAGCCGGACAUUGUGUAGCGAGAGCUUCGGCCAGACAAGUUCAAGUCACUCUCGGUGAUUAUGUAAUUAACUCGGCUGUCGAACCCCUUCCGGCGUACACGUUUGGCGUGAGGAAAAUAAGUGUUCACCCAUAUUUUAAAUUUACACCACAAGCUGAUCGUUUCGAUGUGGCGGUACUAAAAUUGGAUCGACCUGUGCAGUAUAUGCCACACAUAGCUCCCAUAUGUUUACCGGAGAAAGGAGAAGAUUUCCUGGGUCAAUAUGGCUGGGCGGCCGGCUGGGGAGCUCUGCAAGCUGGUUCUAGAUUGAGACCUAAGACUCUACAAGCCGUCGACGUUCCUAUUAUCGACAACAGGCAGUGCGAAAAAUGGCACAAGUCCAACGGCAUCAACGUCAUCAUAUACGACGAGAUGAUGUGCGCCGGUUACAGAGAAGGAUCCAAAGAUUCGUGUCAAGGCGAUUCCGGCGGACCUUUGAUGUUGGAAAAAACGGGACGUUGGUAUCUGAUCGGUAUUGUGUCUGCAGGGUACUCGUGUGCACAACGCGGUCAGCCCGGUAUUUACCACAGGGUACCAUUGACCGUCGACUGGAUAUCUUACGUGAUCAACUCUCAAUAAGAAAUAAGAUCGUCGGAACGGAAAUAACAGCAAUAGUAACAAUAAUAAGAACAAUGUUGAUUAUUAUCGGAAUAAUUGCGUAGUUCAGUAUUAUAUGUGAUGCUCACACGUGUUAAAUACAUAAUAAUUAUUGGUCAGCCAAAUACGCUUUCGGUCCGUUACGACGGGGCUGAAUUUUCACCACCGUCACUGUUGUUGUUAUUAUAUUUGCUAUUGUUGCUAUCACUAUNA